GUUAAACAGGAAGUAAAUGAAAGCGAAACCUAACUCUCUGCUACAGUAACACAAACUCAUACAGCUGUGCUUCAGAGCGAAUCAUUUUAGUUGUUUUACUGUCAAAACAGUUCUUUUAGAGGUACCCGUUAGGAGAGAUUGCAAAUCAAUGGCCGAAAUGGAAUAUGAGGAGCAGUUCGACUGUCCGGUCUGUUUGGAUCCACUGAACGAGCCGGUGACGAUUCCAUGUGGACACAGUUACUGUCUAAACUGUAUUGAUGACUACUGGAGUCAAAAGGACCAGGAGCCGCCGUACCGCUGUCCACAAUGCCGAGAGAGCUUCAGUCAAAAACCUUUACUGAAGAAAAACACUCUUUUAGCUGAAAUGAUGGAGAAGCUGGAGAGGACAUCCCAUCAAACAGCAUCCAGCUCUCAGGAGAACUCUUGUGUGGACUGUGAUGUUUGCACUACAGAGAAGAACCGAGCUGUAAUGUCAUGUCUGCAGUGUUUGGCAUCUUUCUGUGAAUCUCACCUGCAGCCUCACCAUCAGUCACCUGCGUUUAUGAAGCACAAACUGGUCAGUGCCACCACACAAGUUCAAGAAAACAUUUGCCUUCGUCAUGGAAAACUGAUGGAGAUUUACUGUCAGGAUGACAAGAAGUGCAUUUGUUACAUGUGCAUGAUUGGCCAUCAUAAAGGCCACAGCGUGGUAUCUGUGGAGUCUGAAUGGUCAAAGAAAAUGAAAGUAUUACAACAGACAAAGGAGACUUGCACAGAGAUGAUCCAGGAGCGAGAGAGAGGUCAGCAGGAACUCAGUGAGGCUGUGGAGGCUUUUAAAAGUUCAGCUCAUGAGGCUGUAGAAGAGUGCAAGACUGUCUUCAAAGAGCUCAUCAACUCUCUUGAGAAGAAAUGCGCUGAGAUAAAUGAUCUGAUCAGAGCUCAGGAGAAAGCCGAGAUGGAUCAAGCAGAAAACCUUCAAAGAGAGCUGGAUCAGGAGCUGACAGAACUCAGACAAAGAAAAAUGGAGAUGGAGGAACUUCUAGUGACAGAUAAUCAGGUCAAUUUUUUGAAGGGUUUUCAGUCUGUGUGUGUUUUGCCCACGUGUAAAGACCUUCACAGAAAAGCUUACUAUCCUCAAGUGUCAUUUAAAGGAAUUUCAAUCUCAGGUUUCAGAGAUGUUUUAGAAGAUGUUUGUCAUAAGGAAACCGUCAAAAUAUGUCAAAAAGUGUCGGGUGUCUAUUUUGCAGACCCUCCAGUGCCAAAGACUCGAAAUGAUUUUUUGCAGUAUUUUUGUCAUCUUCAUGUGAAUCCAAACACUGCACACCCAAGUCUCAUCCUGUCAGAGAGGAACAAGAAGAUAUCAGGCUCAGAUGAAGACCAAGCCUAUCCAUAUCACCCAGAACGAUUUGAUAGCUUGUGUUACAUCAUGUGUAAAGAGGCUUUGCAUGGUCGCUGUUACUGGGAAGUGGAAUGCAGUGGUAAAAAUUGGGCUGUAGCUGUUUGCUACAAAGGAAUUGGUCGUAGAGGAAUCAGUGAUAGCUGCAGACUCGGCUUUAACAAAAAAUCCUGGAGAUUUGGCUAUUUUCAGGGACAGUUUGGGUUUAUUCAUGAUAAAGUAAGAGUACCUCUCACUGUGGCCUCUAGCAUCGGUGUGUAUCUGGAUCACAAGGCAGGAACUUUGUCGUUUUACAAUACCGCUAAAACAAUGAACCUAAUUUUAAGUUUCCAGACCUCAUUUACUGAACCAGUGUACCCCGCAUUUCAAAUUCUUCCAGAUUCAUGUGUCAGGAUCAUAGAGUGGGAGAAAGUGCAGACAAACCACUUAUAAAAACAGGAUUUAUCGCAACAUUGUUGUUUUCAUAAUUAUGUUCUUUAAAAAUCAGUAGUAUAUUUGGAGUAUUUUUGUGAGGACACAAGAUGUGGGUGAACACUUUGGAUUGGGGAAUUUGAAUAAAAGCUUGUUCAUGUGGAAAAUGUUUGACAGCAAUUUAUUAUUUUAAUUAUUUUGAAUGGACAGUCAUUUAUUAAGCAUGACAGACAAAGUGAACAUGUAAU